AUACAGUUAAUUCAUAUUGGUAUAAAAAUUUUAAAAAAUUAUUGUGCCAUAAGUUUAAAGUGUUUCAUUAAAAUAAAAUUAUCCAGCCAAUCAAAUAUAUAAUAAUAAGUUUAAAUUAACAUGGAGGAUAUAUUAACCACUAUUGAAUGGGUGAAACAAGUGUGGGAAAAGGUCCCACCUGAAUUAAAAGCAGCAGCUCCGCACGUGCCCAUGUGCAUCUACAAUAUCACCAAUACUAUAACCGAGUACACCAAAAAAAUCAGGCCGCUUUUAAAACUAUACGAGUUAUUAAAGAAUGACGUGCGCCUGGACCCCGAUACGGCUAAAAGUAUCGUGGACGAAUGUGGAGAGUUUAUUGGCCCAGAUAAAGAGCACGUGACCCAGGUCCUCAAAACGCCCCUCAAAAUUGACCCCAAUGUUAUCCAGACCCUGGAGGGCCACCUAGAAAAGUUAAUCAGUCCGCUACUGUGGAACUCAGCACUGGCAAGCGGUCUGUGCCUUAUAAUGGAGACAAUACAGUUGUGGUACUUUUGGAAGCAAAUCAAGGAGGCCCGCAAUAUAUGCGCCGAAUCGGUGGCGACCCGGACACGAAUAUCAGCCAUCUUUGAUAGUGUACUGGCUGAGAUUGCCAAACUGGACCAGUUUAUGAUCGAUAUGCCUGAUCGCGAAGUGAGAGAGAUAGCCAUGAUUGAGGUCACGGAACAGAAUGAUCAAAUACGAGACAUAUUACACCAGGCACAUAUUGAAAUUCAAUCAUUAAAAUUCAAAGUGCAAAACGCCGAAAUGCUGCUUGGUAAAUCGCGUAGAGAUGGAGUAUUGUCUGCGGCUGUCUGUGGAGUCCAGGUCACAUCCACUAUCGUGAACCUGACCCUAUUGGCUUCAAUGGCAAAUCCGUACCUGGUUGUAUUUAAUGCAGUUAUUGCCGCGGGCAACGUGGCGGUUGCCGCCGUCAACGUGGGUUUUGCAAUAACAACGGCUGAAGAUAUGAAGAGAUUGCAGGACGAGUUGGAAGAGAUCGGAAAACUCGACUAUAUUAGGGCAGCCCUCGUCCAGCGGUUCAAUGAUAGCGUUAAGGAGGUUAGGGCUCACUUGAAGGCUCAGGCUAUGGCACAUAGGAGCUAG